CUGACCUUCAGUCGAUCUGCGCCUAAUAUCAUUUUCCGGAAGCGUGGUCAAAAAUGGGGGAUUGGGGUAUGGUUCGGAUUUUUUAAUGCAUAUGAUUUUUUAGAUGAUGAAGAAACUACUGAUAUUGUUGCAAAAAAACUUGCUAGUCGUUGGGACGAAGAAGAAGUAGACGCGGUUCCCGACUCUUGGGAUGCUGAAGAAACCAAGCCUGCUCAGCCAAAAACAACACAGCAUGCACCUGCUCCACCGAAACCAUCACUUAGCGAGCGUAUUAAGCAGCGCGAAGAACAGAAGCGAAAAGAACGAGAAGAGAGAUUAAAACGCGAAGAAGAAGCACGAGCAGCAGAAUCAAUGACUGAGCUGCAAAGAGAAAAACUGGCUGAAGAGGCAGAGCUUGGACUCCUGAAAGAUACUUUUGUAGCCGAAGCCGAGGCCCAGCUCACGGCAUUUUUCGCUCCAGCUCACUACCGAAAGUGGUGUUCGACGGAGUUGCCCUCUCUCUCCGUUUCUGUGUAA